CAGCUGCACGUGGAACGAGCGCAGUUGGGCUGGAACUUACCACCAUCACCAUCACCACCACCAUCAGCUUACGGAUCUGGGGCUGACUCAGGGCAAUCCCAAGCGCGUCUGGGCUCUCGGUGGACUCUCUCAGGCGUCAUGGCCAAAGUGAAGUGAUAAGUCGAUUUCUGAUGCUCCGAGCUGAUUGGGAAGCAGAUCGGUGCGAAGAGUGUCACCAUCCAUUCACUUUAAAGCCCCGAGUUCGACUUGAAGCGCCCCUCCUUCCAGAAAGAUGGCUCUCACACCCUCUGUUCGUGACUUCGCCUUCGCUCACUCGGCUGAGGCCUGCACCACACCGAGCGACGCGAGACUUGGACGCUGGAACCAGACAUGUCAAUAGAUGCCAUGCACGACUAUCUCAUUGUUGGAGCCGGCCCCUCGGGGCUGUGCGCCGCAAAGACGAUACGCGAAUGCGAUGCUGAGGCUCGGGUGAAGAUUCUGGACUCUAACAAAACCGUCGGUGGUGUGUGGUCCAAAGAGAACCUCUAUCCUGGCCUGAAGACGAACAAUAUCCGCGGCGGCAUCGACUUCUCGGACUUCCCCAUGCAUGAUGGCUUUGGCGUGCCUGAGGGCCAGCAUGUCUCCGGCGAAGCGAUGCAUGAGUAUAUCAAGGCAUAUGCCGAACACUUUGAUCUCUUGCGAUUGAUCGAUUUCGACUCAACCGUCACCGAGGUCUGGAAGCUCAAAGGCAUCCAAGGCUGGAAUGUCAAACUUGGGUCAGGGGUCGAUCUGCAGGCACACAAGUUAAUCAUCGCGACAGGUGUCACCAAUGUGCCACACAGACCAGCAUUGAGUGGCUCCGAAGAUUUUGGAGGUCCAAUCAUGCACUCGGCGGAACUGGGAAUGCAAGGCAGCGCUCUCACCGACGAUUCCAAGGUCGAAACCAUAGCGGUGCUUGGUGGAGGAAAGUCUGCCUAUGAUGCCGUCCAUCUCGCUGGCAAAGCGGGUAAGAAAGUGGAAUGGAUCAUCAGAAAAUCAGGCAAAGGCCCCGAAUGGAUCUUCCCAGCCCAUACCAUGGGACCACUCCAAGCAGUACGAGAAAAGCUCCCAGCAAGGAGAUUCGUCUCCUUCUUCAGCCCGUGCCUGUGGAAUGACGGGUUCAGCUGGAUCAGAAACUUCCUGCACUUCACGAAGCUCGGCAAGAUCAUCUCCCAAGGCUUCUGGACCAAUCUUCACAAGGCGACUCUGGACGACUGCGGCAUGCUGAAGGAUGAGAGAACCAAGGUCUUGGAGCCGGAGCAGAGCCCCUUUUGGUACGGCACCGCAUCUGGAAUCUACAGCUACGAGAAGGACAUCUACGAGAUGCUCAAGACCGGCCAGGUGCGUGUCCACCGCGAAGAUGUACUCCGCCUCUCCAAAGGCGCCAUCAACUUUGCUAGUGGCUUCUAUGUCAAAGCCGACGCUCUGGUCACCGCGACUGGCUUCUCUGCAAAGUCCACCCUCAAAUUCAUCCCAGACACCAUGCAUGCCGACCUUGGUAUCCCGUCGACCAGUUACACCCCAGCGCAGUAUAGCUUCUGGCAGGACCUGAGUGACAAGGCCGACCUGGCCAUCGCGUCCAAAUUCCCCCGUCUAGUUGCCGGGCCGUUCAAAUCACCCACCUCGACCGUGAUCCAACCAUUCAACCCAGGCAUGGAUCGGGAGGCCAACUACACGCCGUUCCGACUCUACCGCGCCAUCGCACCGCCUGGCCCGACUCGAGACGGCGACAACUCGCUCGUAUUCAUCAGCAUGUUCUCGAACCUGGCCAACACACCGCGAUGCGAGCUGCAAUGUCUCUGGGCGUACGCGUAUCUCAACCACAAACUCGAAAUCGACUCGUCCACGGUAUUCGGCGAGGCGGCGCUGAUGGCACAGUACGCGAAACACCGCGCCCCAUACGGCCACGGCCGAUUCUUCCCUGACCUGGUCUUCGACCAAGUGCCGUACAUGGACCUACUCCUGCAGGACCUCAAGCUAAAGUACUGGCGGAAAGGGAAUUUCUUCGCGGAACUGUUCAGCCCCUACAUGGCUAAGGACUACAAGGGGGUCGUGCAGGAAUGGCUCAGCAAGAACUCGAGUUCGAAGAAGGAAGAAUCGUCAAACAAGUCCAAGGCGAAAGCUGAGGAGGCCAGGGAUCUAGAACGUGAACCACUCCUAAACGGCAAGGCGACAUGAGGAAAAUCUGCUCGGCACCGCGGCGCUUGCGCUUCUUGGACUCGAACCAGGCUCUACACGACUAUAGGAAUAAUCGAUUGACCAGCUGACCGGCCUACUAUUCCUACUCACUGAAUCUCUACACAUCAGAAUCACUGCGGCGCAUUAAGCCUUUGCCAUUAUCUUUCUCACGACGGGAUGGAUGGACGGAUGGAUAUGCACAGACACAAAGAGGUGUUGUGUUGAGCCCAAGCGAUCUUCUCUUUCUCCAUUCUCUCCCAACCGGACUUUUGCGCGUGGACCAGGUCAUGUCAGCUCGGGUCGGGCCAGGAUUUGUUCCAUGUGGCGCAUGAGGGGGAUUGUUACCUUGGGUCGAGAUGAAUUAACUUGAGUCCCCGGAUCUUGCACCUUUUGCUCUUCAGGCCCGACUUGCUUUUUCUACCAUUAUGUUUUAUGCCGGUCGCGACAAACCGAGGGUGAAGACGGGGGGAGAUACAAGGGUCGAGGAGAAGAACUGUGAUCACUGGACGGAAUGGAGGGCUAGACGGACUGGUGUGAUCUGCUUUACCAUUCGACACAACCCCCCGGGCGAUGAUCGCAACGAUGACAAUGAGCAAUGAAGCAUGAACAAUGACUGAUAAAAUGACGACCGAGGAUCCAUACACUGAACUGAUCGAGAGAUCGUUCCUCUUUUUCUGGGCAAGCACCUAGACUUAGAUAGACACCAAUGAGGGCGAUGUUUAGAUUCUCCCGAAAUCAACAAGUCAAUUUCUCG